UCCCAAUGGAUCCAGUCUGGCUCUGAAUAGGCGGGAUUUAGAGAAUUAAGGUGAGUCAGGAAUGGAUUGCAAAACCCCUGGAGGAUAGUCGACCCACCCUGCCAGGUUCAGUCGUCUGGGCUAAUUUUAGAUAAAGCCAACGACAGCAGGCUCGGAUAUGGGUGAGACAGCUGGCAGGGAACAUGGGAUUGUUACAAGAUCUGCUGAGUACAUUGGCUCAUUUCCUGUGGAUGACAGUUGUUUGGAUGAUCAGAUUCAGCAGCUGCACUCUCAGCUGAAGUCUCUCAAGAACUGCAAGAGCAAGCGAACAGUCUCAUUGAAAUUCUCUGUCAAAGGAGUCAAAGUUUAUGAUGAAGAUGAAAAGACGCUCCUCAUGGCUCACGCCAUGUGUCGAAUCUCGCUGUCCACCGCCCGUCCGUCUGAUGCCCAGUUUGGCUUUGUCUCCCAUAAUCCUGGCAAUUCUGAUGCCCAGCUCUAUUGCCACCUCUUCAGAGCCAGACAUGCCCGAGCUGCCCAGUUCCUGAACCUGCUGCUUUGCCGCUGUUUUCAACUGUGUUUUCUGGAGAAGCACCCAGAGGAAGCUCACGAUGAGUGUUCGGGGAACAAACCAACUCUAACGCCAUCCCUGCUAAAUCAAGGAUUCCCUCUCAGUGUCAGCGCCUUGGUGUCUUUCCGCAGGGCCCCGACUCAAGGCCUGCUGCCUGGGGCAAAGGUGUUCUCACAAAAGAGCAUGGAGCAAGCGAGCAGUCCUGAAGAGGGUCCCACUUCCUCUCCCACUUUAGUUCGCAAAAUGGCGAUCCGGACCAAAGAGCUGCGCUCCGGUGCAUAUCGCUCUUUUACUUGUACUCCCCUCAAACAGCGCCACCUGCAGGAUAAACUGAGUGCACCACAAGAAAAGGAACAGGCCAGUGCAAACGCAUGGAUGUCUCGAGCUCCCAGUUUGGCCGAGACAGAAGAAGCUCUCGCUCACGCAGUGUGGUGCUGGGCUGGCGUGUCUAGCAACUGUAGUUCCUCACUCCUGGCAGAUGAUGUCUUGGGUUCCUUCCUCCUUUGUCCUCAUCCCCAAAAGCCCAACCGUGGGGCUCUUACGAUCCGCUUUCCAUCGGGACUGGUAACUCUUUCUAUUAAGAAUUCCAAGGGGAAGUUCCGCCUUGAGAAGUGCCACUUUGAAUUUGAAAGCCUUGCUGCUUUGAUCGAGCAUUACACAGAGUUCAGCGAGGAGCUGGAAUGUUUUCUGAGCUGUGCCCGUGUUAACCACAGUUACGAUUGGGAAGAGAUGGUCAAAAAGAGUUCAGGUUUGCCACAGGACAACAAAAAAGGCACAUUUAAAAACAAAAGUUGGGUUUGAAUCCCGUCUUUCAUGCUCUGUAGUUAAUUUUUAUAUUAUAUAUAUAUAUUUUUAAAUGUAUACUACAUAUUUUACUUAGUUUUAACAGUUAGAGCUACUGACAUUAGUAAAUCUCCCUAACCAGGAUCUUAAGUCAUUGGCACAUUUUUUUAUAUACAUUUUGAAUGCACACUUUGUUUUUGCCUGUUGGCAAUAACCUCAACCCUUCUAAAGCACUCACUUUUUUGUUGUUUUUGGUUUAAAUGUGUUUUCUAGGGAAACAAGCACUCAUGUCAAUAUCAUGUGAAUAUCAAAGUUAAAACAAUUUUUGCAAAGAUGCAUACCUAUGCAUGUACCCUGUAUUAUGUCUUUAAAUUCUGUGUUGUAUGCGUGUACAUUGCUUGCCCUUUUCACUGUUAUGGUUGUAUUAUCACUAGUUUUACGUAGAUAACAUGUUUGUGAUUACCUCAAACCCUGAAAAUAUCCACUACCUAGUUAAUGUUAUUUUUUUAAUAAUGCACACUUCACCUCUUAAAUGCACACUUUUCUGUUAUCAGCUUUGCAUCUAUGUAAAUUUCUUGCCUUUUUGCAUAAACUGAUUUUACUGUAA